CUGUCGGGAGGAGGUUGGCUGCGCGCGCCGAUGAUAUCAUCGCGCCAAUAUGGCCGGACAGUGUCGGCUGUCCGCAACGCGACAGUGAAAGCGGGUCGUCCGGGAGGCGCUCUGGACUGGAGAUAGGUCCGGGAAGAAUAUGUCGGACUAUCUAAGGUCCGCGUUCGGGUAUCUGAACGGCGGCAGCGGUGGCGGCAACGAGUACGUCGGUCAGACGCUGGACAUCAACAAUGUGAGGCUGAGGGUGACGCGACUGAUCGCCGAGGGUGGAUGGGCUCUGGUGUUUGCGGUAGAAGACAUUACUACAGGAAAAGAAUAUGCGCUCAAGAAACUUAUCGCUGUCGACGAGGAUACGAACAAAACCAUUAUACAGGAGAUAGAAACACUUAAGAAACUGUCUGGUCAUCCGAAUAUUAUUCAGUUUUUUUAUGCUCAACGGCUGGAACGGGAGGAUCGUAAGGGAUACGAGUACUUGGUCGUCACUGAAUUAUGUCCUGGUGGUACCAUAGCGGAUAUACUUAGAAAUGUAUCUGCGAAUACGCUGACUCUAGCCCAGGUAUGCAAGGUAGCCUAUCAAGCGACACAAGCGGUGCAUUACAUGCACAGCCAGCAACCGGAACCCUUCGUGCAUCGUGACAUUAAGCUGGAGAACUUUCUAAUCGGAAAAGACGGCCUCGUGAAACUCUGCGACUUUGGUAGCGCGUCGACUCAACAAAUAUUGCCGAACCCAUCAUGGAAUGCUCAAAAACGCGCUACAUUGGAGGAUCAAAUGGCCAAGUAUACAACCCCCAUGUACCGCGCCCCGGAGAUGAUGGACACGUGGAACAAUGAACCUAUAGGGCCACCAGUGGAUUGUUGGGCUUUAGGAUGUAUAUUAUAUUCUUUGAUUACAUUGAGACAUCCGUUCCCUGAAGGUAACAAACUAGCAAUCGUGAAUGGCAAGUAUCCACCAUUACCACCUAAUCCACGGUACGCGUGUCUGAAUGACCUGGUGAAAGGAUGUCUGCAAGUUUCGCCCAUUCAAAGAUCAACGACAGCGCAACUCCUGGAACGUCUGGCAGCGAUUGCCGAGUCGAACAACUUUGAUCCUAGAGAACCACCACAAAUCGAAGUCACCGCGGUCAGGCCGUCGCCACCUCCGCGUCCGACGCCGCCGCCGCCACCGUCGUCGUCGUCAUCGUCAUCAUCGUCAUCGAAUAUGCCACCUCCUCGUCCCUCUCAACCGGCAACGAUGCCGCCACCGAGACCGGCACCUAUGCAGGUGUCCAAAAUUCCGGCGACUCAAGCUACAACGGGCCUAUUCAAUUCACUGAGAGGCGGCGCCGGUAGCAUCCUACGCAACCUGAAGGACACCUCCAGCAAGGUGAUGCACACUGUUCAGCAGAGCAUGGCCAGAACGGAGCUGGAUGCGAGUUACAUGACGUCGCGCAUGCUCGUUAUGCCGUAUCCAGCCGAUGGAAUCGAAUCCGCCUAUCGCGCCAAUCACGUGGAGGAUGUGAGGGCCUUUCUCCAAGCUAGACAUCCACCGCCCGCCAAGAUUCAGCUGUACAAUCUGUCCCGCGGUCGGCCAAACGUCACGAGACUUCCCGGCAGGCACAUCGAUUGUUCGUUUGCCUACGCUACACCAGAAUCGAACGCGCCUAUGCUGUUCGCUCUGUACCAGAUCUGUCAGGAUAUCUAUCAGUAUUUGAACGCCGAUUUCAAUCACGUGGUGGUGCUGUAUUGUACUGAUGGGUACCGAGCGAGCGCCACGGUAGCGUGCACUCUUCUGAUUCACUGCAGAGCUCUGACUACAGCCGAGGAAGCUAUCGCCUUAUUCACGACGCGACGUUGCCAGCCGCCGCAGCUGCAGCCUUCAGAAUUGCGCAGUAUUAAUUAUAUGAGUUUAUUGAGCAGUGGCCGGUUACCACACACCAAGCCUUUGGUGUUCCGUUCCGUUGUCAUACAACCGGUACCGUUAUUCACUAGGGCGAGAGACGGAUGCCGACCUUACAUAGAGAUUUAUAGCAACGGCGCGUUGGUUUUUACAACCAAGAAGGUCAUCUACGAGGAGAUGAAGCUAUUUGGCAUGAUGGAGGGCAAAGUCUGCUUGAUCUUAGGGGACGCGGCCGUACGCGGUGACGUCACUAUAAUAAUACAUCACGCCAGGCAACAGCUGGGUCGCGUGAUCGGUAUUAAAAUCGCCUCGUUGCAUUUUCAUACCGGUUACGUACCCAUCACUGAGAGUGCCUUGACAUUUGAGAAGCAUGACUUGGACGAUGCACCUGAGAUCGGUGGCAAAUUCCGCAUUGUGCUAAACGUCAUGAUAGGUGAGGAGAAUUCAAAGCUAUCGAGAGUGCCGGCGCCAUGGGAGGCGGAAACAUGCAUCAACCUUGUCCCAGAUCCGCUGUUUGGUUCGACGCUAGAGAUGGAGGAGACUCUGGAGAAUUUUAGGACCGCUCCUCACCCGGAAGAGAUUCAGGCACCAUCGAACGAAACUGAUAAUAACAUGAAACAACAUGAAGCGAUACCUCAACAACCGGAAGACCUGAAAGAGGAGGAAGAAGCGAACACGAACGAAGAAAUUAACUUUCAGGAAGCUGAUUUACUGAAUCUGGGCAUGCCGGACAAUACUAAUAGUACCUCAAAUACUCCCGCCAGCACGGCGCCAAAUCCAGGUUUAGAUAUUUUCUCUAGCUCUAGUCAAAAUGAAAAUGAUCUCUUGGGCGGUUUCGGUAUGUCGGCGCCACAUACUGAAACUGCCAACUCUCCCCUGAUUAACAAUAGCGCCUCGGCUGAUUUAUUGUUUGGACACGAUAGCUCGGCGACGAGAAAUAAUAGCACUGCUAACAAUAAUUUGAACAUGAAUGACCUAUUAUUCGGACAGAAUCAGACAAUGUCGAGUAAUGUCAAACAAGUCAAUGAAAUGCUGUUUGACCCGCUGGGUGGAAGUUCCGCGAACAAUCUUCUUGGCGGUUUUGCGGCCGCUAAAAGCCCGAAUGCCGAAGAUAACUUGCCACGAAAUGCUAGCGUGCCGAACUUUGCCGCUCAAGCCAAUAAAGAUCCAUUCGCCAAUCUGGCUAGUUCGUUGGGAGCAGGUCUCACAGGCAGUUGGAAUGGUACGCCGAGGAACUCUAGUACCCCGCAGUCAGCGAGUCCGGCGCCCGCAAGCACGCCGAUUCAUUCUAGCCCGAAUACAAUACAUAGAUCCAACGAUGCAAAUAGCGCAAAUAGCGGUAACACGGAUGCGCUUGGUGCUAAAGCAAAGGAGAAGGCGAGCGGCGACGCGUUCGAGGAUCUCCUUGGCAGUCAGGGAUACAAGUUUUCGCGCAAAGCUGAGAAGGACAGUCCGAAGACAAUAAAUCAGAUGCGAAAGGUGGAAGCUGCUAAGACAAUGGAUCCUGAUAGGUUGAAAAUAGCCGAGUGGACAGAAGGCAAGAAAGGAAAUUUACGAGCUUUACUCUGCACCUUGCACACUGUUCUGUGGCCGGAAGCUGACAGAUGGCAGCGUUGCGAAAUGCAUCAAUUGGUCACAAGCGCGGAUGUCAAGAAAGCGUAUAGAAAAGCCUGUUUAGUUGUGCAUCCAGACAAGCAAACUGGUACUGCGAAUGAGAAUAUAGCGAAGUUGAUUUUUAUGGAGCUGAACAACGCGUGGAGCACAUUCGACAAUGACCCGUCGCAACAAAAUCUAUUUAGCUAAUUUUAAUGACCUGUUAUCGAGAGAACCUGUUUCUGUAAUUAAUUUAGUUCCUAGCGGAAGAGGAGCUAAGAGUAAGCGAGGAUUUUAUCCGUGAGAAAACCGCGUAAUUGCAUUCCGACUACGUUAUUUUAGCUGUAUACAGAGAGAGAGAGAGAGAGAGAGAGAGAGAGAGAGAGAGAAAGUAAGAAAGAGAGAGAGAGAGAGAGAGAGAUAAAUAGAAAGAAAGAGAGAGAGAGAAAGAGAUAAAUAGAAAAAAAGAGGCGAUGAGAGCGGGAUCAGCGAAGCAAUGCUUCGAGAUGUCUCCUUAUUGUUUCCACGCCUUGUAAACCUAGUUAAAAAUUUCAAUUAUGGCGUAUAACUAUAUGUAUAUAAUGCAAAUGUACAUUAAAAAGAAGAUCCCAAAUAUACGAAGCUAUUUUCCGGCCGAAAGAAAGCUUUGUACACUAUUAUCUAUCGUAAAUAUAAAAAUUUCCAGUAGAAAUAUUCUGUUGCUCUCAUCAUUACAAUAUUUAUCUAAUCGGUGAUAAAAAAGAUUGUGAAAUGUAAGAACAAUAUCAUAGAUAUUACAAUAUAAUAC